GGCAAGCUAGUAUACUUUCGCACCCAAUGUAAUCACAAUCAUGCUUCUUGUGUUGAACCCGAAUUUCCCAUAUCGACUAAAACAGCGCAAGUGGAACCCAUUGGCUCAAUGAUCGUGACAGCAAGGGCCAUUCAAUUGGUGAGGAGUGUGAAGCCGUCACAUCUCCUUCGAUUUGUAAAUAUUCUUUGUGAAUGGAACGAGCCCGCACGCAACUUGCGCCACUUGGACGUUAAUUCGAUGCUUUGUUCGCAAAAGAUAAACUGCAGAGGGAGUUCGAUUACUUCAUCCUACGACAGUUACUCUGAUGCACAGCAGCGAAUUAUUCAACCUGGGUCUUCGGGGAGCUGGAUUGAAUCCCAAGCCACCGCGUUUUACAACCUGCAUCCGAAAUAGCUUAUUUUACAUUUCGACAUUGCGUGUCGCGCGCGCACGUCCACGUCCACGAACAAAGAAAACUGGGUACGAGCCUGCACCCGCAGCUAUCUUUUCUCGACCGGAUCAUGUCUUUCCUCACCGACGUCAGUUGGCCACAUCACGAAAAUCGGACAGGCAACUGGAGCAAAGCCCCCUGCUCGGCAUCUUCAACGUUGCUCGUAACCAAAACGCGUUGCACGAAUCUCGUUAUCAUGGGAUUUAUGACAGGCUCCUGGACUAUUACUACUCCGUAGCGGGUCCAUCCACGAUUCCAUUCCCGUCCCUUCCUUUGACCUCUAAGUAUGCCUCUCUCUUCGUCUGCACACACUCCUCUAUAAUGUCUAUUCUGAAGUCGACUCCGUUCUCCACUACCCCUCCAAUCAUACCAACUUAGGUCCCUUAGGUGCCUCGUUCACCUUUGUAACUUGCAUGCCUUCACACGGUCGUUCCGUCGAUGAUCCACGAUUUACAUUCAUGUUUAAUUCGCUACAUUCCGAACGCCGAUUGCCACCAUUCUUCCCUGAACGCAUGUGUACGACCAUGCCACAGAUCACGAAAAUCAGACUGGCGCCCCCCGUGCUCCAGGUGCCUGCAGGCGCUCUGGAGCCUCCGGAGCGCUCUGGACCAGGGGACUCUGCUAUUGCCUGUCCGAUGUUAAUGAGGUUUUCCUACAGCAGCUGUCACAAGUGGAGGAUAUCACUGGUGUGUUGGUGAAUUUUCCAUCCAUG